UUUGAACAAGUUAUAAACGGUUUCAGCGGGACAGUUUGUAGGGUCGCUGUUGUCUUCUUGGGUAUUCAUUAAAGUGGGAAGCUCCUCGUUUUAGCAAAUUUGUCUUUUACGCAAGUAUACAAUUGAUGUAGCUUUUUAAAAGAACGAGCCGUCAGAAAAGUGAACAUCAAAGGUCGUCACCAUGAACCCUGUACUAGCAGUGCGAUCCCUCACGCAGAUGUUAGGUGGCAAAGCACAAGACAUCAUCGAUGAAAUCGAUAAUGUCCACAUGGUUUGGCUUGAGGAGAUACAACAAGAAGCCAAUCGCAUGUUCUCAAGAGAUUUUAAUGCUGAACCAGAGUUGAUGCCAAAAACGCCGUCACAGAAGAAAAACAGUCGCAGGAAGCGUGUGUCUUUGGGUCGCCAAGAAGAAAAUCAGGGAAAGCAAAGAUACUCAAAGGGAAGGCGCAGUAACCUUCGUGGCUCUUCUGUUAAAUCACUGCAAUUCACUGCUAAAGAGGAUCCCAUUUCUGAGGUCUCCACCUCUGACACCAGCAGUACUGGACCGUUCAAACGCACCACUCGCAGAAACAAACAGACAAAGCCUGAGGUGGUAGAUGAUGAGAGCCAGUCACCUCAUGACAGCGAUAAAGCUGAAGAAGUGCAAAACAAAACGCAGAUGCUGGAGGAGGAGGAGGAGGUGGUGGUGGUUGAAAAUAAGGAGGUGAAUGAUGCUAAAGUCAAACCAGAUGACACAGUUGGCAACGCCACACCUCCUGAGUCUCUUAAGAGUCCCUUACCUGAAGCCGUUGUCAGCAUCUCUCAUGCAGACCGCUUGUCUGCUGAGCUUGCAAAGGAGCCUGAGCCCUCUCCUGGCCGUACAGCUGCUAAGAUUGCAAUAGCUGAAUCUGCUCAAACCUCAAGGCGAAGCUCUGUGCAGUGCUCCCUGAAGCUACGUCACUCUCUGGCUGGCCUGCGGCACAGUAUGACUCAGGAAUCUGUCCGCCGUGCCUCGCGCCGCUCCAUGCUUAAGAGGAAAGCUACUCGUGCGGGUAACUCCACAUGUAGCACCAAAGUUAGUGAUGACUCUUGCGUGGAGGAGGAUGAGGAGGAAAUGGAGAGGGAAAACCAGGAAGUGCUGUCAGACGCUGUAUCUGUGGAUAAUGCUGGACCUCCGAAAUCUCAGCGAACUCCAGAGGGUGUACAACAGUCUCUCGUGCGCAUCACUCGUUCCGUGGCUGCAAACUCACCCAAACUGGCGCCCCCAUCAUUGUUUAUCAGUGAGAUGACUCCUAACCGAGCAAUUGUCACUGAGAAGCUGAAUUUGCUGCCAGUUCGGAGGUCAAGUCGCAGCACUAAGCGUAAAGCACCUGAUACUAUAGAUGAAAGUCCGACAAAGAGGUGCUCUCCUCCCAAGAAAAGUCAAAGUGCAAUCAAACCCCACAUGAAGUCUUUUCUGCACACAGUCCAAAAGAAUCAGAUGCUGAUGAUGACUCCGAAUUCAGUCGGCCGGACCGCAGUGAUCAAGUCCUUCAUCAAACACAACACUCCUCUGAGGAUUGAUCCUAAGUUCAACACUAGCAUAGUGACAAAAGAGCGCAACAAACUUGAAGCACUUAAAAAGAAGCAGGAGCAAGAGGAGGAAAGGAUGAGGAAAAUGGAAGAGGAUAAGAAGAGGAAACAGGAGGAACUUAAAAGGAAGAGGGACGAGAGGUUAAGAAGAGUCUUUGAGGCCAAAGUAAAAGAGGAGCAGAGGGAGGAAGAGAAGAAGAAGAAGAUUGAGCAAAAAAUGGCUCAGCUUGAUGAGAAAAAUGAUAAGCGCGUGGCGGAGGAGAAGGCCAAGAAGAAAGCGGCCCUGAAGCGUCAAGAGGAGCUAGAACAGAAGAGGAAAAUGGAAGAGGAGGCCAGAAAGAAGAAGAUUCAGCAGGAGGAAGAAAAGCGACAGCAAGAGUUGCUGGCCAAGAAGAAAGCUGAGGAAGAGGCUCGUAAAGCUCUCGAGCUGAAGAGAGAGCAAGAACACGAGAGGGAAAGGGAGCUGGAGAGGGAACGGCAAGCUGCUGCGGAAAGACAGCGAGUGGAGAAAGAAAAAGCUCUUGCUCUGCAGCGUGAAGUUGAGAGAGCAGCGAGAGAGAAAGAGAUGAGGGAACUCGAGGAGAAAAGGAAGGCACUCGAGGAAAAAAGAAAACUGGAGGAGCAGCAAAGGCUGGCAGCAAAAGAGAAAGCUGCUAAAGAGCUGGAAGCUGCUAAGCAGAGGGACGCUGCUGCUCAAGAGGCUGCUAAAACACAGACUGCUGCUAACCUAAAUGUGACUGUGGAUAUUGAGCGCUCAGUAAUGAGCACACCUGUAGGAAAAGGUGGUGAUCUCAACGUGACUGUUGAUAUUGAGCACUCCUCGCCACAGUCAUAUGCUAUCACGCCAAAGGGUGGAGAUAAACCUUUGAUUUUGUCCAAAAAUUCAGAAGACUAUGGGAUGGACCAAAACAGUGAUGACUCUACUGAUGACGAGUCUGCACCAAGGAAGCCUAUUCCAUCCUGGGCAGAAGGUCCCAAUCUGCAGCAGAUAAUAAUGAAGCAAUACUUCAACCCUCCUGAUUUGGACUCUUUCUUUGGAGCAAUCGAGUCACCACGACUAGAAAACAUCUUUUACAAGAGCAAGCCCAGAUAUUUUAAACGUACCAGCUCUGCAGUGUGGCACUCGCCUCCAGCUGGAAAGUAACAUCUGUACACUCUUACAGAUGUAUAAACUGCUGUAUAGUUAAAAUUCUGAAAAUCUGUUUCAAAUAAAGUAAUUUGUUUUGUUUUUCUGAAUGUUCUUUUUAAAUGUAUGUUUGUGUUUCACAUCUUUGUCUCGGUAGGUUUUUGUAUCUGUGGUUUGUUUAGCUUUUAGAGAUGUAAUUGUUUUGUUUUGGCUUGUAAAUUAAAAGCAGGUUAACUGAAUAACAACGGUGAUGGUUGAUUUUGCUGGACAGCAAAGCAGAAUCUCUUUUAUAAUAUUUAUGGUUGUUUUCUUCAAUCUGGUAUGUCAAACUUUCUCUAUUAAAGGUAUGUGCUGUAAAAGGA